AUGUGUGCAUCACACGGAAUCAUGGAUCAUGGAGACCCGCAGGCUACUAGUUAUUCAAAGCUCUUGAAUGAGUCGCUUGCACAGGAGUCUGAUCUCGACUUGGGUGCGCUACUAACAUGGAUCCGCAACCAGAACACAGUUGACGCUGACGAUGAUUACGACACUGUACCUUGCUCCAUUUUGGAAGACGCUUACACGGCAAUGUCCCUUCAAUUGAAUCUUCGAAUAAAGAACUUGCGACACUUGAGCACGCUUGUGGGAGAAUUUUUGGAGAGAUUGGGCGCGGAAGAGGAGGAUUUCUGUUUGGACAGCUUGAGUGCCUCGGGCUGGGUUGGCCAGUUGCGGAGAUUGAUUGUCUGUCUCUUCAAAGAGGGUGGUGAUUUCAAAAGCUACAACAUGUUACUAAGAGCAUUGCGCAGCUCGAAUCAGCUCGCCCGGCUUGUCAUCUUGGACUUGAUGAAUCGGAUUUGCAAUGAUAACCCCAAGUUUUUCCCCUUUAUGAUCUGUUCUCAGCAGGUGAAUUUCCCGUUCAAAAACAGCAUCACCGACUCUUUCACCAUUUAUACCUGGUUCAGAGUAGAGAGCACCAACCACUGGGAGGAAACGAUAACUAUAUGCACGCUCACUUGCUCCGACCCAUCAACCGAGCAGAACAACACGAUAUUCAAGGUCCAGCUACUAAACUUGGAGCAAGUUGCUGUUGUCAUUGAGAACCCGAGAACAAAAUCACGCUCUCGUUUUAGCUUCAACCACAUUUUCAGUUUUGCUGGCGAGCAGCAGCAGCAACAGAUGAUGAUGGUGCAAUUAGUGUUGAUCUAUAAUCGCUCAACAUUGAGCUUGUAUCUCAACGGACAACAUAGCGAGAGUAUACCCUGUGCCGGGCUUUCCAAGGAGUCGAUAACCUGGAACAAAAUCUCCAUCGGAUGCGAUUUGGAAGACAAAGACGCACGGUUGAUGAUUAGAAAUAUGACUCUCCUCAGGUGCAGUUUGAGCCGCGAGUGGAUUUUGGUGCUUUUCUACCUCGGUGCUGAGUAUAACUGGGACUUCAAGGACAUGGACAAGGAUUCUGUAAAAGGCUUGGUUAAUCGACUAACGAAAACAGAUUUGAUGGAAGUGUCGAAAAACUUGAUGGCAUUCCGUAAUGGUGGUUCCCCGACCCUAGCCAAGGCCAAGGCCAGUAGCAAUACCACUAGCAAUAGAUUGGGACAAGAACGGUGCGGUGCGGGGGAUAAGGGACGGCGCAUUCCAGUAGCGGGUAAGUUCUUGGACCCGACUUUUAUCGUGGACACUUUGCUGCGAGUCAAGGAAGAUUCAGUCUUGUUUGACAGCAACGAGCUUCUACGGCACCUAAUGCAACGUCAAAAAGGGUUUGCCUCGACGGCAGGAAACCAGUUUUCUGUACAUGUUCCCAUGGCAUUUUACGAUGCCAUCAGAGUCACCGGCACCCCGAAUGUCAUUUUGGACGUUAUCAACCAAGCCAUCCACAAUCCCGAGGUGCAACUUCGCGAUUCAAUCAUAUUCCUGGGCUUGAAUUUACUAUUGAGUCUUUCCGUGUGCAAUUGGAGGCUAAGAGACGACUUUGUCGCGCAGCAGGGGUACGGCAUAGUUUCGGUGUUGAUGCACAAGUUCAAAAGUGUCAACCCUUCGUUGACCUUGGAUCUUUCCCCGUUUCUACAAAAGCCUUCUGGAAUGUUUGACCGCGGAGAGGCAAACUUAUUGGAUGUCUUUUUGAAAUAUAGCUUGUCCGGGUUGAAUAACCCGUAUCAAUUUGCUAUUCUGAACCCCGUUUGCUUCAAGCACUUGCUCUUGGAUUUUUCCCUAUACCAAGAAAGCGGAAUGAUGGCCCACUUGUUUGGCCGGAUAGAGGAUUUGUUGGAGCACUCAAAAUUCCAAACCCAGAAUACACUGGAACUAAAGUCGAUGAAACUUGCCAGAAAAGUGUUUCAUUACCUAAAGAGCCCCACCGCCAAAGUUGGCGACAAAACAAUUGACGAUCCGUUAAAACUGCAAUUGCUUCUGAUCCUUGAGCUGAUAUUGGAGCAGGAUCCCUCCUACGAUACGAUACAUCUGGCGACCGCGUUCAUCGUCUUUGCACUACAUAAUCCAGAGGCUUCUUCUUCUUAUGGAAUACUAACAUUGGAGGCCAUAACUAAUCACCUUUGCCGACCGACAACACCGAUCAAGACGUUGCGACGCUUCUCACGCUGGAUAACCAUCCAAUGGCUAUUGGUGUUGUUUGACACGAAAAUCGACGUGGUGGUUUUCUGUGGAGUGAAAAUAUUGACCCGGUUGUUGAAAACUUUAAACUCUGUGCUCAUAAAGAGAUUUUUCAUUACCAACCAUGGCCUCGAUAUCCUCACUGAAACGUUGAAGCCGUGGUGGAAUAGCGACUGCAUUCUAGAGUUGAUUUUCUUGAGCUCGUUUGCCGCAAACCUGCAGCGCCCCGAACGCGGCACUGUUUACCGCUCGCGAUCUACAUCAACGAGCACCGAUAGCAUCUGCUUCCCCGAGCUAAUUUUGCUCGCCAACAAUUUGAUUUUAAACUCGAUGUACUCCUUGAGUCUGUCGACUGGCAAUUUGAUGGGGAGCAACCCCUCUACUCCGUCCAACGGUGACACCAGCGCUCAAAAAGUUUGCUUAGAAAAUGAUGUCUUGUCACGGAUCAACACGUACAUUGGAUGGAUCCAGAACUAUGGUGUUAUAGAAAAAAUGAUUGGCGAGAAAGAUUUCAUGGAAAGUUUGGUGGAGUUGCUAGGAUUUCUCAAAUUGGGCAAUCUGUGGUUCGAUGAUGAGACUCAAAGCAAUAUCAAGGACACACAAGAGCGCAUGGUUCUGGUACUUGUCGAUUCAUACGUUUCUAGUUUAUCGUCCACAAAAUUUGAGACGUCUUUGAAGAAGUUGAGUGAUUUUGCAAUAAAAGUUUUAUGCGAAAUGGUUUUCCCUGGAAUUUUCAGGACUGUGACUGAGGAGCUUGUUGCGAACGACAAGGCUUCCAUUCCAAAAGAAAGGAGAUUUUGGUCAAACGUCCUGGAGUUGUUAUCAACUUUCCACGGCGAGUUGAUCAGCCAAGACUUUUCAAUAAGUUCAAGCACUUUGAAUUCAUACAUCAUCUGCCUUUGCUCAUUUGUUGAAUCCAAUCCAAAUCUGUCGGGAAGGAUGAAACAGAUCUUGGGCGAGUGUAUAAUGUUGAACCUUUCAAAGUUGGUGAGCGAACCAUGCCCUUUAGGCGAGACCUUUACUGAUUUCAUCAAGGAGCUUUUGUAUCGUCAAGUGAUUAUUACAGACAAAAAUGUACUUGGUGAUGACAAAGUAGCGGCGUUGUUGCAGCUAUUGCUCGGAUUGAACUUGACUCAAGCCGAGCCUAACCAGCGCCGCCUCGAGUUGUCAUUUGGCUUGCUCCGGUCCAUAUGCCUACUCCGGCAAAAUGACACACCCAAUAUUAUCAAGUCCAUUGAUUUGGAUGAUAUCCUUUUAGAUGAGUUUUUCACGAACUUGACCCUGAGAAACGAUGUCGAUACUUUGCAAAAAUUGAAGAAAUAUCCUCCAUUUGUGAAAGCUUUGCUGAAGCUGGUUCAAACGAUAAAGACAGAAGUCUUGAAGAAGGAAUUGAAGCGGGUCUCCGACAUCAUCAAAGUCGCACUUCACAAUGGAGGCCGCUUGGGCCAAAUGAACAGCAUAUACAUCAAGGCCUGCGAAAAGGAUUGUCAGAUGUUAAAAGCUCAAGAGGUGACUUCGGAAUUGGCCUCUUACAAUAAGAAUAGCCGGGCGCGCAAGGACCGCGCCGCAAAUUGGACGCGUGCUUUGCACUCCUGUGUCACGGAGUCAUCCAGGAUUUAUGAUCCCAUGUGGGCCCACACGUAUGUGUUAGACUACAUUGAAAAUGCCAACAGAAUGCGCAAGCGUCUCGUUGUCGAGGACUUGUUGCCGGACUCGGAGAAAUUGGACUACGAAAUGGACAUUCCACUAAAGGAAGUGGCAAACAUGGCAGACUCGUUGGACGAAUAUGAUUAUGGUUAUGAUUUUGCAAACAUAUCAGGUACUUUACAAGAACUAAGUUUGUCUAGCGACAACGGUGGUUCAAGAGAACCCCUUCCACAAGGUCUUGCCGUUGACGAGAAUGAGCCCCUCGAAGGGAAUGCAUCGGAGGAUAAGAACAAAAGAGUAAGCAGCAGCAUGUUUGUUGGGGACCACAUUGUUUCCCUAUGGAACGUUAGUCAGAUCAAUGGCUUGGUGCCCGCUGAAAGUUUAUUGAUCUUGGGAUCGACCCAUUUGUAUUUGUUUGAAAAUUACUUUCUCGGCGAAGAUGGCAAUGUCUUGGACAUCACCGAAGCUCCUGCCGAGUUGAGGGACCCCAUAUUGCGGCUCGUUAACUCGCAAACAAAAAUCGAAAACGAGUCAAAGCCUAUAUUGCAUCGGAUGAAAAGCUGGGAUUUGACGAAAUUCAGUGCCAUUUCCAAGCGACAGUUUUUGCUCAGAGAUAACGCCUUUGAGAUGUUCUUUAGCGAUGGGGCAACUGUGCUAACCACGUGUAUUUCCCGCAAGGAAAGAGACGUCAUCUACUCCAAGUUGAAAUCAGUGGCCACUGGUAAAGGAAUCAACGUCGAUCUUGCCAAAGUUCUCCUGUCCAAUGCAGGAUGGACGUUUGACAAUGCCUUUUCCACCAAAUUGGUCAAUGCUUUUUCAAGCGGGAUGGCUCCCGCACCCUCAUAUGUACCUGCGACAAAAAAGUGGAAACGAGGAGAAAUGUCAAAUUUCGACUACUUGAUGAUCAUCAAUACAUUGGCUGGCCGUACUUUCAACGAUCUAACUCAGUAUCCGGUUUUCCCAUGGGUCUUGUCUGAUUAUUCCAGUACAACUUUAGAUUUAUCCAACCCAAGAACGUUUCGUGAUUUAUCCAAGCCAAUGGGUGCGCAAACAGAGAAAAGAGCACUGCAGUUCAAGGAGCGCUUUGACGCUUUAAACAGCUUUGAUGACCAUUCGAUCCCAGCAUUCCAUUACGGAACGCACUACUCCUCGGCCAUGAUUGUCACGUCCUACUUGAUCCGAUUAAAGCCCUUUGUUCAUUCCUAUUUGCUUUUGCAAGGUGGGAAAUUUGACCACGCGGAUCGUCUUUUCAACUCCAUCGAAAAGGCGUGGCUUUCUGCCUCUCGUGAUAAUUCGACGGACGUGCGGGAGUUGACCCCCGAGUUCUUUUGCUUACCGGAGUUUUUAACCAAUGCAAAUCAGUUUGAUUUCGGCCUUUUACAGAAUGGACUGAGCGUCAACAACGUGGAGCUUCCUCCGUGGGCAUGCAAUGAUCCUCAUAUUUUCAUUGCCAAGAACCGGGAGGCGUUGGAGAGUCCAUACGUGUCUGCAAAUUUGCACUCGUGGAUAGAUCUCAUAUUUGGGUUCAAGCAAGACGGUGCUGAAGCAAUCAACGCUUUAAACGUCUUCCAUCACUCCUCGUACAACGGGGCAAUUGAUUUGGAUAAUAUCGAUAACGAAAUGGAAAAGAAAGCCGCAAUCGGAAUGAUCAAUAAUUUUGGACAAACGCCGAGCAAAGUGUUUGAUAAGCCUCACGUCAUGAGGGAUGUGUUGAACUUGCCCAAUUUAUACUUGACUGAUCAGCCGCUGGGCAAGGUUCCAGCACACGUCGUGUUUGAAUCCAAGUCGAAUCUGCCUAUGCUCAAGUUGGAAAAAACGUCUGGCAACGACAAGGCAAAGUGGGUUGGCCGUCCGACACUUGUAUCUGGCGAGGAUGGGUUGUUGAUCCGCAAAUCAAAGAGGUCAAAUAGUUGUGGCGGCACUUUAGUGAUUAAUGAAAAGCUCUUUAUCGACAUCCAUCCCAGUGAUAUAACGGCCAUGCGUCAAAUAGGAAACAGGACAUUCCUAAUAGGUGGGGAAGAAGGUCUCAUCUCCGCGUGGAAAUGUACCAAUGACCAAAGAAUGACAGUAGAGAAUGAGGCAACCCUCAGGGGACAUUUCUCCCCAGUUGCAGAUAUCGCAUCUAGCAAGAGUUUUGGAGUUGGAGCCAGUAUCGACCUGGAAGGACACGCCAUAGUUUGGGACCUCACAAGGUUUGCCUUUAUGCAUAAACUCGACGCUUGUGUGACAGAAUCUUUAUUUUCCAAUUUCAACACCGUGGCCAUUUCAGAUGACUCUGGUUACAUUGCCACGCUCGUUGGCUCGGAUAAAGAAGCACUUUUGCAGAUUUUCAGCUUAAAUGGAACCCGGCUAUUGAGCAAAACUUUUGGUGGUGCUGGGGGGGCCAUGUUGGUGGCUUUUGGGGAAUCCGACGAGGACACAAAUGGCCAGCUGGGGGAGAGUACAGCCUCGAGCACUCACCCAUACUGGUCCAACGAAGUAUUGGCAAUCGCAAAUGGCAAGACAGUUGAAAUCUUUGAAAUCGUUUGUGAUUCUAGUUGGACGUUGAAAAGAAUACAGAAAUUGGAUACUGUUUUUGAGAAUAUUGCUGGUCAAAUCUCGGCUUUAAGGCUCUUCAAGUGCUCGAAGCUGGAUAACGAUGAUUGUCUCGUGAGGGGAGCAUUGAAAGUCGUUGUUGGCGACACGGCUGGGAAAGUCUACAGUUUGUGA